AUGGGCGUGCAAGGGAAGAAUGGAGUUAGAAAUCACGACCUCAAAGAUUGCCAGGAAAUAAUCGAUGUUUUCUACAAACACGGGAAUAAAGAGCUCGAUACUGCUCGCGUGUAUGCUGGCGGAACCACCGAAGAGUAUCUUGCUCAACUGGAUCUCAAAGAUUGCACUAUUGAUACCAAAGUCUAUCCAGUCAACCCUGGGGACCACCAUCCCGAGAAACUGCGUGCAACUUUCAAGACGUCGCUCGAGAAACUCGGACGCCCGAAGGUGCGUGUCCUAUAUCUCCAUGCUCCGGACAGGAGUGUGCCGUUCGAGGAUACUCUCCGGGAGAUGAAUAACAUGUACAACGAGGGCCUCUUUGAGAUAUUUGGAUUGAGCAAUUAUGCUGCAUGGGAGGUAGCGGAAAUAGCAAUAACAUGCCAGAAGAACGGCUGGGUGCAGCCAAAGAUCUACCAAGCCAUGUAUAAUGCGAUAACGAGGAGCAUGGAAUCAGAACUUGUUCCAUGUUGUCGCAAGUUUGGCUUGCGCAUCGUUGUGUACAACCCGUUGGCUGGUGGAUUCUUCGCAGGAAAGCUUGUUUCCGCUAACGAUGCCCCCGAGCCUGGUAGUCGCUUUGAUGCAUCGGCAGGUCCAAUGGGUACAAUGUACCGAAACCGUUACUUCAAGGACGGAUUCUUCCAAGCAUUACCUCUUAUCAAAGAAGUGGCCGAUAAGCAUGGUUUACGGCUUACAGAAAUCGCUCUUCGCUGGAUGCAGCACCACUCUGCAUUAUCGCCAAGUGACGGUGUUAUCCUCGGAGCGAGUAGCGCUGCUCAGCUUGAGCAGAACUGUGUAGAUUCGGAGAAAGGCCCUCUACCGCAGGAUGUCGUUCAGACUCUUGACGAAGCGUAUAAGGUCGUUGGGUUCGAUUCGCCUGCGUAUUGGCGUUAACAAGAGUUAUUGGUAUUUAGUAGAUGCCUUGCUUCAGUGUCAUUUUGUAUAAGUAUAAUGAGUAAAUGGUAUAAGGAAAUGAAACGGG